AUGUCUGCAAUCCGAUAUACACCAAGACAUGUCUGCAAUCCGAUAUACACCAAGACAUGUCCGCAAUCCGAUAUACACCAAGACAUGUCCACAAUCCGAUAUACACCAAGACAUGUCUGCAAUCCGAUAUACACCAAGACAUGUCCGCAAUCCGAUAUACACCAAGACAUGUCACCAAGACAUGUCAAUCCGAUAUACACCAAGACAUGUCCGCAAUCUGAUAUACACCAAGACAUGUCCGCAAUCCGAUAUACACCAAGACAUGUCCGAUAUACAAUGUCUGAUAUACACCAAGACAUAUCCGCAAUCCGAUAUACACCAAGACAUGUCCACAAUCCGAUAUACACCAAGACAUGUCCACAAUCCGAUAUACACCAAGACAUGUCUGCAAUCCGAUAUACACCAAGACAUGUCUGCAAUCCGAUAUACACCAAGACAUGUCCGCAAUCUGAUAUACACCAAGACAUGUCUGCAAUCCGAUAUACACCAAGACAUAUCCGCAAUCCGAUAUACACCAAGACAUGUCCGCAAUCCGAUAUACACCAAGACAUAUCCGCAAUCCGAUAUACACCAAGACAUGUCCACAAUCCGAUAUACACCAAGACAUGUCCACAAUCCGAUAUACACCAAGACAUGUCCACAAUCCGAUAUACACCAAGACAUGUCUGCAAUCCGAUAUACACCAAGACAUGUCCGCAAUCCGAUAUACACCAAGACAUGUCCGCAAUCUGA